UUUGAAAAUACUCUCCGGAACUACUUUACCUCCCUUUCCUCCAUUGACUCCCAGUGAGGAAACUGUAAAGCGAAGACUACCAGGCGGCAGAAAUGGAGAGCAAACGGACCGGGAGGAAGAACAAACAUGUUGUGGAGACAUGGCGUGGCACCGAGACCAAAUAGGGGGAUCUCAGCCCACCAACCGGAGCCCUCUGAGGAACAAAGUCCCGGUCGAGGCGUCGAGCCAUCGGUGACCGUCCGGAGGAUCCUCGUUUCGCGUUGCUUUGGUCUCACCUCGUAACCAGGAACGCGCUCAACGCUCGCGGUUGGUCACUAUCUGCGGGAGAGAAGUCAGCGGCGAGCCGCCCGGUGUCCUGACGGCAGAAGAAAAAAUAAAAUAAAAAGGGAGCUCAGUAUGAGUCGACAUGGGUGGGAAAAGAAGAGAGCCAAUGCCAGCAGUGACAAUGGUUGGGCUGAAAAGGGAGGCUACAUGGCUGCCAAAGUGUCUAAGCUGGAGGAGCAGUUUAAACGUGAUGCCCCCAGAGAGAAACAGAAGGACGGGUCCUACUCUGACAUUUUUAGUGGCGUGUCCAUCUAUGUCAAUGGAUACACAGAGCCGAGUGCAGAUGAGCUGCGCAGAUUGAUGAUGCUGCAUGGUGGCCACUUCCAUGUGUACUACUCUCGCUCCAAGACCACCCACAUCAUCGCCAAUAACUUGCCCAAUUGCAAAAUUCAGGAGCUCAAAGGGGAGAAGAUCAUCAGGCCACAGUGGAUCACUGACAGCGUCAAGGCUGGACAUCUCCUGCCUCACCUGCAGUACCAGCUCUACACUAAACAUAAAGGCCCAAUCUUCCCUGGCGCGAGUCUGCGCCAGACGUCCGACACUGCCGGACCGAGCCACGGGCCGCUUCAGCCCAGCGUCCAUCAAAGGCUUAAUCUGCCCCAGCACAGCGCUCAGCACUCGCCGCUCAACCGCAAGGAGUCCACGUCCAGCUGCCAGAAUAACUCCAUCCCGAACUCCAACCACAGUCCCCUUCACCAAGGCAACGACCAACCUCAGUCCGUCCAGCAAAGUUCUGCUGUUGGCUUCAUUAACCCCCGGCCAAGUCCCACAUGGUCAGCUCUCCUCAAUGCAGAUCCCAGACACAGGAGCCUGCACUCUGACCCAAGCCCCACAAAGCCCCACCAGCCGGCUCUUCAAACACCUCCCGCUGAUCUCCAGCACCAGAGAGCCAGCCAACCACAACCUCAGAGCAACUCUUUCUGCAACGCGGCCCGCAGUGGCCCCAAGGAAGUUGAUUUCAAAAUAAACGGAUCACUUCAGACCUCAUUGGAAUUGAUCAGCCAUUCAGAAGUGAAUGGAAUGCAAAAGUGUGGCAGAGGAGAUCCCUUCCCGCCGGUGGUGAAGGAAGCCCAUCUGACAAAUGGACACACUCACCUUGUUAAUGGUGCCUUAAAGCCAGAGGUCUGGCCCCCUGUAACUGACGGACCUUCUGUCGAGAAGGAACGGAGUCCCGACGAUAAACCUCAGAGUCCCCCGGUACAGUUUCAGACCAAACCGGACCCGUACGAGUUUCCCCACAGUCCCCCGAAGCAAUCAGACCCGUCCUCCGUCUUUCCGAAGCCGCCCAACGCACAUGUAGCCAGCGAGCAGAGACCCAAACCUUCCCCGCCCACCUACCACGAGGCCGCUGGUACAGAAAGCCAGCACCUCCCAACGCCGCCCCGUCAACCCCGUCCAGCCGGUUCGGAUCCCGACCAGACUCCCCUUUCACCCGCACCCCGCGCCCUUUCACACAGUCCCAUCCGACUGAACGGAAGUCACCGCAAUGCCUUUUCCCCCGAACCCGCUUCCUUUGAUGCGACCGACGAGACAGCCGAACCCGACGCCCCCGCAGAAACGGUGCCGUCAGCAUCGAAGUCAUCGAAGUCAUCGGCACAUCUGCUGGCUCAGACCGGCAGUCUGAUCUCCGAGUACUACUCUCACUCGCGCUUGCAUCAGAUCUCCACGUGGAGGUCCUGCUUCUCGGAGUACGUCAAUGAGCUGCACGGCAAGCGCAAAGCGGUGGGGGUGGGCUCCUUUCCUGGGAAAGACAGGCUGAGGAAAUCUGUGGCCCCCCAUUCCGCAGACAGUCGAGGCACGUCGGCGCCUGUCAGUGUCAAAUCGUGUGUUCUCCACGUGGACAUGGACUGUUUCUUUGUGUCCGUUGGGAUCCGAUACAGACCCGAGCUCAAAGGGAAGCCUGUGGCUGUGACCAGUAACCGUGGACACGAGCGAGUGCCGCUGAGGCCCGGCGCCCGACCUCAGCUGGAGCUGCAGUACUACCAGAGGAAACGCACUCACCCUGAUGAGGAGCUUCGCAGUCCUGACUGCCAUGCGGAGCAGGACGCCGCUACUCUCUCAAUGGCGGAGAUUGCAUCGUGCAGUUAUGAAGCCAGGAAGGCAGGUGUGAAGAACGGGAUGUUUUUCGGCAAAGCUAAACAGCUGUGUCCCUCUCUGCAGUCCGUCCCGUAUGAUUUUGAGGCUUACAAAGAGGUGGCCAUCACCAUGUACGAGACUCUGGCAGGUUACACCCACGACAUCGAAGCUCUGAGCUGCGACGAAGUGUUGAUCGACGGUUCGGCUCUGCUUGCUGAGCUGAGCGUCAAGCCAGAAGAUCUGGCCAAUGCGAUCAGAGCAGAGAUCAAGGAGAAAACGGGAUGCUGUGCUUCAGUGGGCAUGGGGUCCAACAUCCUGUUGGCUCGCCUUGCCACCCGUAAGGCCAAGCCGGACGGGCAGUACCUCCUAAAGUCUGAAGAGGUGGAUGAUUUUAUCAGGGACCUGCCAGUGACCAGCCUACCAGGCGUCGGGCCUGUUAUGGGCAGAAAACUUGCUGCUAUGGGUGUGAGGUCAUGCGGUGACCUCCAACAGGUGUCUCUGUCUCAGCUGCAAAAGAAGUUUGGCCCCCGGACCGGACAGACCCUGUUCCGCUUCUGCCGAGGUCUGGACGACCGUCCCGUCCGCUACGAAAAGGAAAGGAAGUCCGUCUCAGCUGAGAUGAACUACAACAUUCGCUUCACUGAGGUUGAUGAGGCUGAGUCUUUCCUGACUAACCUGUCCAUGGAAGUGCAAAAGCGUUUACAAGAAGCAGGGCUGCGGGGUCGCAGAGUUACCCUCAAGGUCAUGGUUCGCAAGGUCGGAGCGCCACUGGAAUCGGCCAAAUACGGGGGUCAUGGCAUAUGUGACAACCUCGCCAAGACUGUGAUGCUCGCCCAGUCCACCGACAGCGGUCAGCUGAUUGCCGCUGCUGUCAUCAGGCUGUUCCACGCCAUGAAGUUGCAGGUCGAGGACGUGAGAGGAGUCGGCAUCCAGGUACAGCUCCUCGUAGGACAUCCGUCCGUCCCCCAGAACUCCGCGGGCCCCGGGACGCGCUCCGUGAAAGAGAUGCUGCUCGGCCGGGGAGCAAGUGCGAGAUCCAGCGAAGGCGGUUUGUGCAAAGUCUUUGUUUUCAGUAGUGAUUCCAGAUCCGUGUUACGGGAAGCCGCUGACAAUAACACACGUCGGGACAAUGUUUCCUCAACCACAGGCCCUUCAUCUGUCCCCCCGGCACGUCCUCUGUCCUCCCCCGAGCCGGUCCCGGGUACGAGCAGAGACCUGCAGCCAUGCGGGCAGACUCCAAAACAUUCUCGAGCGCGUCUCAACUUCAGCAUCGAGGUCCCCUCCCCCUCACAGGUGGAUCGCUCUGUGUUGGAGGCGUUGCCCGCCGAGCUGAGGGAACAAGUGGAGCGGUCGUGGACCGAUCGUGACGGGAGAACGAGUAACCAUCAGUUGCCCGGUGCGCGGCCCUCUGCUCCUCUUCCUCACCCUCCCACUCUGAAGUCUCGUCCCACCUCCCCUCUUUCUCCUCCUGCGCCAGGUGGUGCACUACACGCUGCCCCUGCGGGAACGCUCUUUCUACAGAUCCCAAACCAGCCAGACAGUCUGGGAAUUGUACUGGAGCUUCCAAACUUCUCGCAGGUUGAUCCGGACGUAUUUGCUGCCCUUCCCAAAGAGCUUCAGGCCGAACUGAAGUCUGCCUACAACCGCGUCCAGCCUCAGGGGAAAAUAUCAGUGGAGCAGACGAAUCCGCUGUUGCAGCUGAAACAGCCGGGACUCGGAGUCGGUAUUAGUCGAGCGAAGCGACGCUACAAGAGGAAAAAUGCAGUGAGCCCUGUUAAGAAAGGCCCUUCCCCCGUGAAGACGCGUCACACGAACAACAGCCCAGGCAAAGCGCUACAACCUCCUAUGAAGUCACGAGAGCCUAUGAACACGUUACAGGCUGAUCACGGUCCCUGCACAUCGACCUCAAAACCAGAAGUCCCGGAGGCCCUGUCCAAAUUCAUCCCUCGCCCCGCUCCAGUGUUGGCCGGAGCCUACGACCUGACGGACAUUAAAACACUCCUUCGGGAAUGGGUCACCACCAUAACAGAACCAAUGGAGGAGGACAUCCUGCAGGUGGUGAAAUACUGCACCGAUCUCAUUGAGGAUAAAGAUCUGGAGAAGUUGGAUUUAAUUAUAAAAUAUAUGAAAAGGCUCAUGCAGAAGGCGGUCGAGUCGGUUUGGAGUAUGGCCUUCGACUUCAUCCUCGACAACGUGCAGGUGGUUGUGCAGCAGGCUUACGGCAGCACUCUGAAGGUAGCGUGAGGGCGGACGGAGUACUGCCUGCGCUGAGUGAUACCAUCACACCACCACCCCUGUUUUGCCACUUUCACAAGGUCACCUGCAGUACAAAGUAUGACCUCUAAAUGAUGAUUCUCCUCCUGAGAAUGAGACGCACAUUGACGACCUCACGAACAAUAUGAGAAAGUGUUAAACGACCCACGACAGUAUUUGAAUUUGUACAGUUUACUUGCUCUUGUAAAGGGACAAGUAAAAAAAAAGGCAUUAAAUGUACUUGGAAUCGACUCACCAAAACUCGGGAUAAUCGUAGCUUUUCGCAAAAUCAUAAUUGUAAUUCUUUUCAAAAUAAAUGUGAAAUUUUAUAUAAGAUUUUUACAGGCAGUGCUGAGCUUCUUAGACAAGACAUACCUUUUACAAGAUUUCAAAUCCCUGUGCUGAUGGGUGUUUUCCCUCUGUUAUAGCAGUUGAGUCCUAUGUUGACCUACGGUUUAAAUAAUGUUACAGUGGCACAUGCAGAGUUAUUUGUUUUCAUGUAUACAGUUGAAUCAGUCUAGGUUUCAAAGAAUCACUGUCUGACAAACAAUCAUCAUGUUUAAAGCACCUUUUUAGAAGUAUUACAAUUAGCUAGUGCUGUAGCACUUCGAAGACAUUACACUUUAUCAUACCAGAAAUUUUAGGAACAGAAUAUAUAAUUUUUCAUUAACUUUUCUUUGGAGCUCCAUGCCACUAACCAUCUUAAAUAUGCUCUGCUGCGUACAGCAGUAUCUUUAUUUUUCUGGUCUCUCGCAAAAAAAGUGCCAAACAGUGUUAUCAUAGUGUGUUAAUAAUGUUUUUAAAAGACAAAUUUGAAAAGAAAAGAUAUAAGUGGAGGAUGAACCUCUUGUAUUGUUUACACGUAGUGAAUUCUUAGUAACUGUCUUAAAUUGUAAGAUCUUCUCGCGCUGUAAUUGUUUGUAGGUGUUCCAACACGGACAUGUGAAGCUCUUCAUGUGAGGUUCACUGUUGAUUCUCAGUAGCACUCUGACUUUGAUGUGGACAGGGGUUAUGGCAAUCAAUGAGUAGCCUAUGCAGUUGUUUUUUUCACAAGCAAGUGAGAAGUCUCUUCAAGAUAAUGUAACAUUUCAUACAGCCUUUGUACCUGGAGUAAAUCUUUUUCUAGUGUGUUUCCAGCCUACUUACCCAUUUUACAGACCUGAAUAUUUCAAUAAUUCUGGAUUUGUAGCCGACUAGGUGACCGUAUUUUAUAACUCAACGUAUGUACUUGUGUACUUCAAACAAUGGAGACAUUUUUACGUCUUCUGGCUCAUCAUUGUAUUUCUGUCAAGUUAACUCUCAUGAUUGGUGAUCAGUAGUACUCCGCAGAUGCGGCUGGCUGGCUGGCUUGUGAUCCCACCAACCAAGACAUUGUGUGUGCGGUGGAAAAGUUUGUUUAAAGCAGUUUCCCCUAUAUGCAAACCAAAAUCAAUCAUUAUGGUCAUUAUUGUUGAAAUGAAUGUAAUUCAAAAUGGGCAAGUCUACACUCACUUCGAAGAUGUUUGCUUCUCUUCACCUGUUCGAUCGCUCUAGACGUUAAAAUUAGCCAGUCUUGUCUUCUAUAAACUGGCUUGUGCCUGAAGACCCGAAGCUGUGAACUUGUUUGUAAGUUUUCUAAAUCUUGGUAAUAAACCCUAAACUAUGUAUUA